AUGGAAGCAGCCGGGAUCGACAAGAGCGUCAUCGCGAACACCACUAACACCACCUUGCCCAAAGACGAUGACGGUGGAGGAUACACCACGGGAGACAUGGCAGGCGUGGGCGCGGGCAUUGGCGUUCCAUUACUAGUUGCCAUUGCACUGCUGUCAUACCUGCUCAUGAGGGAGAAGAGGAGGGUAGCGGCCCUAAACAACGACAACCUCACCAGCCUGCGAGCUUCUAAGCCGAUGGAGAUGAACGGCCGGUCGACCUGGGCGGAGCUGCAGUCCGCCCAGAAGAGAGACAGCGGGCCAGGACUGGCGGAGCUGUCGCCAGAGACGGUACAAGAGAUGGAGACGCCGGCGACCGCCCGCCCACCGCCUGAUUACAAGUAG